AUGAACCUCCGUUCCAAUGGCCAGCUUGAUCCAGCUGUCCUGACGGUGGCAGCAGCUGUAACUUGCACAUCUCUGGCUCAGUACCUGACUGCUAGAGCUACAGAGUCUGAGCUUUCCUCGGAAGCUCCUCUUGCAACACCACUGCUGUUCAAGGCCCAUGAAUAUCUCCAAUCACGGUCGGGCGCUUUGAGGUAUGAGACUUCUAAGGAAAGAGCCUUGACUCACUCGUUCAUCAAUACCUUCUUGGGAUCACUCCUGUCUGCGGCAGUUGCUGUGUACGCCUUGACAGCAUGGGACGUCAAGGCAGCUACCAUAGCGGUAAUACCGUUUGUGGUUCUCGUCGGCUUCUUUGCGUCGUUGAAGCAUUUAAUGGGAGAUCAAGGGCGCUCAUAUAAUUUUCCUGUUGGGUUGGAAGACAUCAUCCGGCCUGUCUCCUUGCGGGUCGUUGGUCUCUUGAUUAUCCUGCAGUUUGUCGACAUCUGGGCGUUUGGCUUUCCCAGAAUCGAUGGUGUCUUGACGGUCCUUCUGGGAUUAGCGAAGGCUCUAUCGUGGUGUUUUGCUGUUCAAACUACAAGAUAUACACCGGUGUCAUGGCGAAUCGUCACCGUGAUAGCCACCUUCGGCUUGGUUGCCACUCGUGACCCGUCCAUCGAGCCUUCAGACACUCAGGCUUUUGUGAACGUUGUUGCUUCCCUUCUUGCUCUUGUUCAAACCAUCUACAUGGUGCCAAAGAACACAAAACAGCGAGCCCUCCUCUGGGUCUUCGUCCUUGUUCCCCUCAUGCCAUACCUGGCAAACAUGGUCGCUAUCAGGGCUGCCGAGUCUGCAGCGCAGCAACUGGCUUCUCAACAUCCCGGCCAACACCCGGUAGCACAGCUGAUGGAGAAGGCGAAAGCAGACUUUGACGCCAUGUUAUCCAGACAGUCAAAGACUUACGACCAAGCUGUCAAAGAGUACAAGCGUCGAUACAAGGUAGAUCCACCAUCAGGGUUUCGGGGCUGGUACGACUUUGCCGUGAAGAACAAGUCCCCGAUCAUCGAUGACUUUGACACCAUCUACCAGUCAGUGUCGCCAUUCUGGAAACUCAGCGGCCAAGAGAUAAUGGACGUGGUGAACAGGGCAUAUAACACACCGUAUAGCGAGCUGUGGCAGUGUACCUUUCGCGGCGAGACCGCAAGGACCGAGUGUCGGCAUCCAUACCGCAACUUCGACAGACAUCUUACCCUUCUGCUCAAUAAGGUUCUUGGAGAUCUGGGGGGGGUCCUUCCUGACAUCCAGUUCGUUGUCAACCAUCUUGACGAGCCGCGGGUGGUCGUUCCACCUGACCAAGACCCCAUCGACACGCGCUUUGCUCUUGCCGAUAUGUCCCAAAAGCCAGUUUGGAAGGAACUAACCGUUCCUUGCUCCUCCUCCUACAACCAACCCAAUAAUACUGCAGCUAAGAGCAUCAAAACCUUUGGCCUCCCUUUCGUCACAUCCGCGGCUUCUUCGCUCGACAUCUGCGCAAACCCUUCCUACGCUAACACCUACGGCCUCUUCACUUCUCCUGUCUCGCUUCGUCUCCUAACCGGUCUCGUCCCCGUCCUCUCCACCGGCGCACCGUCCACCAUGUCCGACAUCCUCUACCCCUCCGCCGCCUACAUCGAGUCCGGCUUCGUCUACGAUCCCACCCGCGACAUCCCCUGGGAUAAAAAAUCCUUCCACCGGCAACGCUUCGUCUCUCUUGCCCAAAACCUCAACCACAAGCCACACACCUACCUCCACUCCCUCGGCAACGGCGGUAUCACCGCCGCUACCUCCUCCUUCCUCAACAGCCGCCUCUUCUCCAUCUUCUUCACUCGCUUCCAGUUCUGUUCUGGCACCACCUGCCGCGCCCAACGCUCCUUCUUCCGCACCAAGUCGUACGCCGACAAAGACGAAGCCUUUAGGUCUCGUCUAGUCUUUGACCUCGACGGUAACGGCAUUUCGGGACGGUACUACAAGCUUUUGGCGAGCAAUAGUGCUGUCCUCAAGCAGACGCUGCUGAGGGAGUGGCAUGAUGAUCGCUUAGUGCCGUGGGUGCAUUAUUUUCCUGUCAGCAUUGGGAUGGAGGAAUUGCCGGAGUUGAUGAUGUAUUUGACGAGCACGGGGGAGGGGAGGCAGAAGGCGAGGGAGGUGGGCGAGCAAGGCAAGGAGUGGUGGGGGAAGGCGUUGAGGGAGAGGGAUAUGGGUGUUUAUUUGUAUCGGUUGUUGCUGGAGGUGGGGAGGUUGCAGGAAAGGGGGAGGCGGAGGGGGGAGCCAAAGGAGGAGGGGGUGGUGGGGGGUGGGUAA